CUCAGAUGAUGACAUGAGUGGAAAGAGGUCAGUGGAGUUUCUAGAUGAAAUCACCAGUAAGAGGCCGUGUCAAAGGCAAACUGAGAAACUGUUUGCUAGACUUCACCUUCAGGAUAAACUUACACAGAAGCUGUCACCAAAAGAGUUUCUUCACUUCUGUCCAUCUGUGACACAGCACCAUGUCACAUCUGAGAAAAAUCUGGCUUACAUGUUUCUCCACAGACUAAUGAUGUUGGACUACAGGGCCAGAUAUAUUUCUGUGAGACCAGACAGUCCUGAGGGCACAGACCCAAAGUCUAGUCCAGUGACUGACAUCAGUGACUGGGACACUUUUUUGAGCACCAUUGUAGACACUCAUCAAAAAGAACAGACGCGUGUGCAUCCAAUGGAUGUUCAGAUGGCAGUAUUUCACUGUUCAGACAGCUUCCUUAAACAGAUGAUCGUUACAAAGCUCUCUCAGUGUCAGUAUGCCUUACCUUUGCUUGUUCCUGACCCAGUCACAAAGGACAUUGAGUGUCCUCUAUGGACUUUCAGACAGAUAACAAAAACCUGGAUGGUGAGUCAGAUCAAAGAUGGUGCAUGCAUCAUCACCGUGAAGAGUAGUCCAGUCUGCAAAGCCCAGACACCCUUGGUGUCAUUUUUCCGCCUGGGUUCUCUUUCAUUGUCUAAAUCUCAGCUGAUGAAUGCUUUGAUCAACGACUGUCACAAUACCUUCUUCCACAGAAACUGCCUAGGAAGCACAAGGUCUCGCCAUCUGAUGGAUGGUGUGGCAGAGAUUGCCUGGUACUGCCCUGCUGGAAAACCCACUGAUGCCUUCAGUGACUGCAUUGCAUUUUGUAAUCUUCAUGGUGAUGCCCUGCAGGUUAAAAAACAGCGCGACAUACUGAUUGAAAAGUCCUCCAUCAACGUUUUUCUUGUUGAAUCUUUCCAAAAAGAUGAAGAAAGCAGAUCACUUCUGUUAGACCUCUUAGAGUCUCAUAAGCCUCUCAUUUUUAUCAUUGAAGAUUACAGCUGUGAUAUUGUAAGAGCAAAAAAGAGAAAAUACAAAAUGGGUCUGAAAGGCAGAAACCAGCCAGAUGUAUCCGAACAACUGAAAACAAUCAUUAGAGAAGUUUUAUCUUCUGCAGAUGGACCCAGCUCACAACCAUUGUUUCAACUUGAAUCUAUGGAUUCAAUCUCUGGAAUUACAGUGGAUGAACAUGGGGAAGCCUGUAAGAGAGGCAGAUUUGCUGCUUCAGAAAUAAUGGAGCUGAUUACAAAGGAGAACACUGAUAUCUCAAAGAUCAAUCAUCUCAGAGGAGACUCUGAAAAUGAGAAAAGUGAAAAUCAGCAGGAAACAAUUGAAGAAAGUCAGAAACAAUGUGGUGCCUUCUACAGUAAACUGUUCAUUAAAACCCAUUCAGCGCUAGCACCAAUAGAAAGAGAGUAUUUCCUGAAAUGGACUCAGAUCUUAUUGGACGACCACUCCACAGAGAAUUUUUCUUCUGUUCUUCAUAGUCUUGGUGAAAAUUGUUUUGAGGUAUUACCUAUAGGGAAUAAACAUGACAAAUCAGAUAUUGCAUUCAAGAACCAAACUGAGAUGGAAGACAUAUCCAAAAAACUGCCUUCUGGAUCCUUCAGGUUGGAGCACAUGUUCAGGGAAAUGGUACAUAUCUGUGACUGUUGUGAAUAUCCUGACUUGACUGCAGAGCUGAUGAUAUCAGGACACCCAGUGAAGCUUAUAGAUGGUGAUGCAGGUCACCUGCCUUUAAAAGGGAUCUCAAGUCUCUUAGAGAAUGUCAUCCAGAAACUGGGGGACAAGAGAGUUUUUGUGUUGUCUGUUUUGGGACUAGAAAGCCCAGAGAGGGGUGGAAGACCAACCAUGCUUAACACCAUGUUGGGACUGCAGUCUGCAGUUGGUGCUGCUGGCAGAUGCACAAAGAGUGCCUUCAUGCAGCUGCUCCAAGUGUCAGAGGUGAUGAAGAAAGACUUUGGGACUGACUAUGUUCUAGUGGUUUACACUGAAGAAUUGCAGGGUCUUGAAUUGGAAGAUGGCACAACUCCCCAACAUGGCAAUAAACUGGCAACAUUUCUUGUUAGUCUAGGAAACAUGACGUUGAUUAACAUAAUUGGAGCAGAUCUAUUGAGGAUACAAGUCAUUCUGCAGAUUGUUCAGACUAUGAUGAGGAUGAAGAAGGUUCAACUUUCUCCCAGAUGUCUGUUUGUUCACCAAAAUGUUACAGAUGUACCAGCAGAGAAGAAAAUGGAUGAAAGAAAACUCUUACAGAAAAAACUGGACCAAAUAACCAAACUCGUCAAAGCGAAGGAGUUUGAAUCAGAGUGCUUCACUGAUGUCACUCAAUUUGAUAUACAGAUAGACGUGAAAUAUUGUGAGCACUUGUGGGAGGGCACCCUGCCCAUGUCUCCUCCAAAUCCAGGUUACAGUGAGAGCCUCCAAGACUUGAAGAACAACAUCUGUAAAGCUUCUAAGUCUGCUGGUAUCACUCUGUCACAGCUUAUAAUGAAAAUUAAGGAUGUGUGGAACGCCCUUCUGAAUGAAUCUGACAAGUCAGAGAUGCCAGAAGAAGUGAUUGAAGUCCUUGAAAAAUUAAGGCCUAUGGUAGCAGAAGAAUGUUUUCAGUAUGCUGAAGAUUCAUUGAAGAAGAAGUCAGUUAACCAGAAUGAACUAAUGAAGCUCUGCAGUCAUUUUGUGGAACAAUUCGAACAAGCACACAAAGGAAAAAGUCAGAAAUCAUCCUCAUCACGUUCAUGGAUUCGAUCCACAGUCAGGGUCUACACUGUUUGUACUGGUCGGACCUUUGGUGCUGAUGCAUCCAUACUGGAACAAGUGAACCAAAAGUCAAUGGAGGUUCAGCUGACUAGCUUGGAGGAAUGUGACAUCAUCAUCGUCUUCUGUCCAAUCACGUCUCGUAUUGCAUCAGAUCUGGCAGCAGCACUGACAAGAGAGGAAGUGUCAUCAAAUGAUAAGCCCGUCAUUCUGGUGCUGAUGCAUCACACCCGAGAUGUCAAGUACUCAACUGGAAGAAGAAACAGGGCUGAACUGGGUCCAAAUGUCAAACUGCAGGUCGAUGUUCUCUUCCAUGACACUCAGAACGGAUUACUGCAGUGUGACAGAAAUAAACAGUCUGUUGAAGAAAUACACAAUGAGCUGUAUGAACACACCUAA